UUCGAUUCAUUCGACGCUGUCGCAGCACAGAGCCGCGCGCGGCCGGGUGCGAUACAGCGGGGCGCGAUUCGGACCCGCCGCCCGCCCGGGGCAGCCUUCCUCCCAAGCGAGACGGGCCCCGGCCCUACGACGGCCGCCAUGAGAUGCCGCGGCCCGCUCGUCUGCGCGCUCGUCGCCGCGACGGCUCGCGCGGCGGAUUGGCCUGAAAAGUAUCUCGGGGCCAAGGGGGACCAGUACAACGACGACUGCCGGAUCUGCGAACAGGGCGAGCAGAAGGCCCCCGACGAGUACAGCAAAACCGGUAAGGUGACGACGCUUUCGAACGUGGACGAGGACGGAGAACCAGUAGCUCUCCUUCCGAAGGACACGGAAGUAUUGGUGGACAAUGCUGCAGCCUUCUGUGCCUCGGUCUGCAAAUACAUCUUGAUCGACGACGAGGUCCUCAAAGUGACCUCGACCGACGGCAACGUGCUGACCGUCGUCCGCGGCGUUGACGGCACGCAAAAAGCAUACCAUGUCGCGGGCUCGGACAUCUACCUCCUGAACUAUUCUGAGCAAGACGACGGAGAGGACGUCCUGGAAAAGACGGAGGGGGCGUCCUGGAACAGCACCAAGCGGCUCUGGGAAAUGAAGGAAUACAGAAACUUCCCCUUCCGCUGGUCGGGCGCCGUCGGGGUCUGGGAAAAGGAUGAGGCGACGCUCGAGCGAGAAUACCCGGACCAGUCUCAGUGGCGCGAUCGCAAGGACGCCAAGGGGUGCUUCGAGGAGUGCCGCCGCCGCGUCCCCUUCCCCGCGCCGCCGACCCGACGCGGCGCCCCGCAGGCGGUGCUGCGCCGAGAAGAGGGGGGACUGCCUCGAACUGAACAUCAACGCCGUCGUCUCCGUCUGCCUCGCCUUCGUCCUGUUCUGCACCUGCUUGCUCUGGUGCUGCUGCCGCUGUGUGCCGGGCUGCCCGGUGUACAACCGGCGGGCGGAGCGCCGCGCCGACAAGAUGGACGAAGAGGCUUAGGGGGCUUAAGGCUUUGUUUUUGC